AUGCCAUUCGCCCAACUGGUCAUCGGCCCGCCCGGCGCCGGCAAAUCAACAUACUGCAAUGGAAUGCAACAAUUCAUGGGCGCCAUCGGGCGGAAAUGCAGCGUGGUCAACCUCGACCCGGCCAACGACGCCACGUCAUAUACCGCGGCAGUGGAUGUGCGCGAACUCGUCACACUCGAGAGUAUCAUGUCACCCGAAACCGGUGAUGGGGACGACGAGGGUGAUGCGCCGGGCCUAGGGCCGAACGGCGGAGUGUUGUAUGCGCUGGAAGAGGUCGAGGAGAACUUCGAGUGGUUGCAGGAGCGGCUGAAAGAGUUGGGCGACGACUAUGUCCUGUUCGACUGUCCCGGUCAGGUGGAGCUGUUUACGCAUCAUGAUAGUCUGAGGAGGGUGUUUUUGAAGCUUGCGAAAGCGGGUUAUCGUCUCGUGGUCGUCAACCUGAUUGAUUCAUACGCAUUGACCCUACCGUCACUCUACAUCUCGACCCUCCUGCUCUGUCUGCGCAGCAUGCUCCAACUCGACCUGACGCACGUCAACGUGCUCACCAAGAUCGACAAUCUGGCCAAAUACCCUCCGUUGCCGUUCAACCUCGACUUCUACACCGAGGUGCAAGACCUGUCGUAUCUGCUUCCCAGUCUGGAGGCCGAGUCGCCCAUGUUUGGACAGGGCAAGUUCGCCGCCCUGAACGAGGCCAUCGUCGGACUCGUGGAGGAGUUUGGGCUGGUCGGGUUCGAGACGCUCGCCGUCGAGGACAAAAAGAGCAUGAUGAGCCUGCUGCAUACCAUCGAUCGUGCCGGCGGGUAUGCGUUUGGAAGCGCCGAGGGCGCCAACGACACCGUCUGGCAGGUUGCUGUUCGGGAAGGCCUGGGGAAGAUGGAUGUCAGGGACGUCCAGGAGCGGUGGAUCGAUAGCAGGGAAGAGUAUGAUGAGUUGGAGCGCAAACAGUGGGAAGAAGAGCAAAAGCGCAGGGAAGCCGAGUGGGAGGCUAAUGGGGAUCAGGAAGCAGGUGCGGAUAUGGAUAUGGAUCUGGGGAUGGGGAUGGACAACGUACCGAUGCCCAUGGGCAAUAGUGGUGUCAAGGUCGUGAGGAGGGGGGACCAGAAGAAGAACCAGCAUUCGUCGGAUGCAGCGCAAUCGUCGCAACCAUCACCAUCACCACCACCACCACCACCCUCAUCGCAACCUUCAUAG